AUGGGCCUUGGCAGAGGUGGUGGAAGGUGCCGGGGUGUGUUGAAAAUGAAACGGAGUGCCAUUGACAAUGGUGGAAGUAGUAGAAUGUGCCAGGGAAUGCCAUUGAACACAUUGGAGGCAGUGGAAGGUGCAGUUUUGGUCUCGGAUAAGCUAGAUGCAGUAGAAGUCUUGGUCGAUGAGGCAAAUAAACAGGUGGAUAUCGGUGAAGAUGGAGCAGAUGGAUUGUUAGCAUAG